GAGACUAGACCAACCAGUUCGCCUUUACAAUAUUACAUCCAACAAAUUACUGGACCGGGACUAAGGUCGGCGGUUGCCCGUCAGGUUGAUUAUGGAGGCAAAGCAUCACGACUCGGAUCCUAGACCGACCCGGCCAAGCGAACAAGAGCUCGAUCUCUACACCAUCCCUAGCUACUCGAGCUGGUUUGCGUGGGACGAUAUCCACGAAACUGAAAGAGCUGGGCUGAGAGACUUCUUCGAUGGAAGCUCAAUCACAAGAACUCCAAAAAUCUAUAAAGAAUAUAGGGACUUUAUCAUCAACAAGUACCGUGAAGAUCCAUCUAGAAGGCUUACUUUCACGGAGGUUCGCAAGUCUCUUGUUGGCGACGUUACUUUGCUCCAUAAGGUGUUCCAAUUCUUGGACAAGUGGGGGUUGAUAAAUUUCAGUGCGAAUUCGACUGGCGACGAUGAUUUAGAGAGGGAGGAAACGGGUAAGUUUAGGGUUGAGGACGGGCCUCCGAAUGGCGUUCGGGUCGUGGCUAUGCCGAAUUCUCUUAAGCCACUUUCGGUACCGCAAAGUGCGACUGGUAAUGAGGAUAUUGUUGAGCAUGCAUUGAAAUUGCCGCCUUUGACUUCCUAUUCGAAUGUUUUUGGUGAGCUGGGGAAGCAAAAGGAGCUUCUAUGUGGGAAUUGUGGUGAAACUUGUGAUUCAGGGUUGUAUGAGUAUAUUAAGGGCCAUUAUGUACUUUGUGGGAAAUGCUUCAAAGAUGGAAGGUACAGAGAAAACAAGUCCAAGGAUGAUUUCAAGUUGAAUGACAAUGUUGAUAGCAGCAGCACAAAUGAAGCUGUUUGGACUGAGGCAGAGACUUUACUUCUUUUAGAAUCCGUUCUGAAACAUGGGGAUGACUGGGAUCUUGUCGCUCAAGAUGUUCAAACCAAGACUAAACUUGAUUGCAUUACUAAACUAAUUGAGCUGCCAUUUGGGGAUCUCAUGCUGAGUUCUGCACAUAGAAAUGGUAAUGUGAAUGGACUAUUUGGGAGCGUAAACAACUCAAAACAAGUUCCAUUAUCUUCAUCUGAAAAUCAAGACGCAAUAAAGAAUGAGGAUUUAGUGCAUGAGCAGACAAAUAUGAAUGAACAGAAUGGAGAUGCUGUGGAUGAAGGUCCUCCAAUGAAAAGAAAACGAACCACUUUGCUUUCAGAUGCUGGUAGUUCUUUGAUGAAACAGGUAGCUCUUAUCUCAACCAUAACUGGGCCCGAUAUUGCAGCUGCUGCAGCUGAGGCUGCUGUUGCAGCACUUUGUGAUGAAACCUCAUGUCCAAAGGAGAUUUUUGAUGGCAAGGAUACUUUUCCAACUAAUGGAUUAUGGUCUCCCACUGUUCAUUCCAAGCCAGAAAGACCUCACCACGUCGAAGACUCAGAGAUAAAGGAGAGCUCCACUCAAUCAGGUUUUUCUUUUUCAGAAACUCAGGAGACAUAUACAGGACAGAAUGAUAUACCUUUAACUUUGCGACUUAGAACUGCAGUUGCAACAGCUCUAGGGGCAGCUGCAGCUCAUGCCAAACUAUUGGCUGAUAAGGAAGACCGAGAAAUUGAAAAUUUGGUGACAACCAUAAUUGAAACACAGUUGAAGAAAUUGCAUUACAAAAUCAAGCGUUUUGACAAUUUGGAGCUCAUAAUGGAGGAGGAAUAUGCUGAAUUGGAGGAUUUGAAGGAGUCAUUGAUUGAGGAGCGGAUUGAUGUUUUACAGAGGGCAAUUACUGCUGGCAUGCCUAAAUGGAGGGAUCAAACUUCUGUGAAAUCUUUUUUGAGUGAUAGUUUACUUUGAGGUAGUGAUAGUGUUGUAAAGAAAUGGAAAUGUGGACUAGGUUUAGCAUCAAUUUUCUGGAACGCCGUUGUGCAAUGUAGUCUAAUUUUCUAGUGUAUGAAACUUCUCAACUCACAGUAGCUGCAUUCAAGUGUGCGAACUAAUUACUUACAUCCCCCUGCGAUGCUAAUUCUAAUUCUAAUGCAGUUCAUUGCAUUUUGCU